AUGCGGCGCUUGCAUUACAGUCGUGCGGCCGUUGAAAACAAUUAUGGUUACGACAGUUUGAUCUGUGAUAUCGGAGGAGAUGUGGCUUACCAUGUGCUUGAGAACAACGUUGGAGUUCACUGUGAUUGUCCAGCUUUGGAUCAACGUGAUUCCGUGCGCUUUUAUUCUAAGAUCAGUCGUCUGAGGUCGUUUAUUGUUGAACACGACAAUGAUCCUUUUGUGUCAUCUAAGGACAAGGCGGUCAUUGAUAUGUGCCGUGUCGUUGUUCGGGCAGCUAACGACAAAUGCGUUGAUACCGACGUCUUCUGUCGUAAGAAGGCGCAAGACUGUAUGCGGACGGCUCGUUUCGGGAUGCUCAUUCACUCCAAUUAUGAUAUUAGUCUGAAGAACUUGGCCGAUAUCAUGUCUCAUAAGAACAUGGAGAUGCUUAUGGGCACUUUCAUCUUCAUUCCCGAAAUGCUUAUCGCGCCUACAGGUCGUGUUUCGGCUUUGGGUGCUCGUUAUGUGAUAGAUUCUGAUGCGGAUACUAUCACCUUUAUGUUUGAGGGUUGUUCUUCUUUUAAUUAUGUUCAUAAAUUUAGUCGUUUUGUAUCUUACGUGACUGAGCAUGUAGUGUACGAUUCUGAUCAUAAGCGUCCUUAUCUUCUGGAGCUACUUGAGAACCGUGGUGGUGUGCAGUACUUUAAACUUAACCGUGUUUUCGACGAUUUCAGACCUGAAAAACUUCAACAUUGUUUGUGGUUGGAUUCUCUGAAAGACAAAUACGUGGUGCGGUUCCACCGCAUAGACUAUGACAGCCUCGCUACGCGAUCCAAAAGAAACACCAUGCCUAUGAUUUCUUGCGUGGCUGACACCAAACUUGUUGGUCGUAUCAUGAGUCAAGCUAUGAUGCAGUCUGAGAACAAGUUUAAACCGCUUGAAAUUUUCGCCUAUAUCCACGCCUGUGGUCGCAUAUUCAUGGGAUCGGACAUCGUCCUCAGACACGAGCCUCUCACUCACGACCAAAAUCUUAUUUUGUCUUUUUCCAUCUAUAUUGAGGUCUAUAAACAAAAGUUCGAUUUCGGAUUGCGAAACCCAUGGCAGUGUGCCAUGCCCAAGGGCCGUCGUCUAUCUUCAACAGAACAAAGCCGAAUUCUAUCCCUUCAUCGAGCAGGCCACAGCAAGAAGGCCAUCGCGGAACAACUCGGCCGAUCCAGACCCUGCAUCGACGGUUUCGCGAAGAAUCCUACGGCUUACGGUAAAGCACACGGAGGAGGACGUCUACGCAAAUUGACACAGAAGGAUCGCUAG